AUGCAUGUGCAACAGUACGAUGUAACCCAUUCCUUUUUUCAGAGGCGAGCAUGUGUGUGCAAUGACAGAGUGAGGGAGAUUACGUGGGGUAUGCAGAAUCUCAUGCCACUUUUAAUCCCUCAAGAACAAUCUGUGUUCACAAAGGCGGACCGGCUCCCCAUAUGCAAAGGAUUGGAUAUGCUCUUACCUCGACACGGCAUAAAUAAUGUCAAGCAAGAGUGGAUUAAUGAAGAUAUUCUUCAGCUGGCUCUCAAGGUGUAUCAUGUUGAUUUACGUGAAAAUGAACAUUCAAAGUUCUUGCGCAGAAGUCUUGGUCUUGAAAAGCAUCUGAAGGCCAUUUCUGGAUUUGAUGCAAAGGAUUGGGAUUUAGUCAAACUUGCAACAGCGUUGAAGACAAUGGUCGAUCCUGAUGAUACACGUCUUCCAAUUGCCAAAGCUUUCGAGGUGAAUCUUACUUUCUUCUCUGCAAAAUUUUAG